CGUGGCUGAAUAGUUUACAAGGUUUUCUAUUGGAUCGUCGUCGCGUCGUUCGUCGCAAAAUUAUAAUAAAAUUCCUCACAGGUAUAAAAGGCUUAGGCUCGAAGCUCGAUUAUUUUCAGCUGAGGAGAGUUACCAACGAAAAUAUGCGCGUAUUUUUCUCUCGAAGAUAAUAUUUAACGGAAUUGCGAACAUCAAUGGCAAUGGGUACUUGGUUGGAAAGACGGUUCGUUUUCUACGAAUGUGUACCAAAAUUGCAAAACAUGGCCAGUCAAGAAGUGGCGUUGCAUCUGUGGCGCAAUUACUUCAGUCUAGUAAAAUGCGGAAAAAUACAAGUAAAAACGGGCAGACGCGUUAUCAAUGAGCAUCAGCACAUCAACUUUUCAAAAACAGCAGGCAAAAGGUACUACUUUUAUUCGUGCUUAGCUUUAGGACUGGACGAAGACUAUAAAGACGGAUCGGAUAAAUUGGUAAAAUCAUUGAAAAUACCUCGACUUAUCGAAGAAAUGUUGAAAGAAUCUUUGGAUUGUAUUCGAAAUGAAAUGGAAAAUCUUAUUUGCCAUUUUGAAGAAAAUAUUUUUGACGAUGGAUUGAAAAGGUAUUACCUACAGAGCUACAAUCCGAAUCGCAUUGUUUGGCAUCAAAAUGGUAAAAUUGAUUACAAAGCAAGCGCUUCGAAAAUGUUAUUCGAUGAAAAUUUGAAACCAGAACAAAAAUUCAUCAUAAUGUGUUUUUAUGGAAUGGUUGACGAAAUAAAACAAUUCCCUGCGAGCUCACUUCCAGAUUAUUUCCGUCAACAACGUUUUCCUGCUGAAAUUUCGUAUUGGUUUUAUUGCCUUAAAGAGGAAUUGUAUAACAUGGUUCGUGAAAUAGAGCGCGAAUAUUCCGCCAUGUUUCCUGACGAGGAAUAUCCUUCUGUCGAUAUCAUGAUGGCCAUUCUGUGUGCCAAGCGAGGUAGAUCUCUACCUUACGCCUUAGAGUAUUUUUGGAACCGCUUAAAUGAAAACGACCAAGUAUUGGCCGCAGUUAAAAUCUUACCUGAAUCAGUAAAAGAUCAGAAAUUCAUACUAACGAGAAUGUCCUUAUUGCAACAAUGUCAGCUUGUUGAUCAAAUUCCCAUCAUAUUGAUGAUGAAUUUUUGCGAAGAAUUUGAUAUGCCGGAUAAUGCGUUUCUAGUUUGGACACGGAUAAAAGAUCGAAUUACUGGGGAAGAAUUUUCACAAUUUUUGGGAAACGUAUUUUGCUGGAAGAAAGAUUCUGAAAAAUGUAUGAUUAUGUUGAGCAACGUUUGGGAUUCAGCUUCAGAUCAUCUUAGAAAACACGCUGCCCGAAUGAUGGUCGACCCAAUGUUCAUAUCUUUCCAAAUCAAGCAAAAGUGUUCGCCAAGUGGUUUCAGAUUUUUUAUCAAAUUUUUGUCAAUGGUGAAUGGGCAUACCAGAAACCAAAUGAUUCUCGCCGAAAGUUCGCAUAUCUUUGUUCAGAUUGUUGAUGAUCUGGAUAUCAUGAUUGAAAUCUUAAACCUGUGUAUACCUCUGGAAUCAGAUAUACUCAAAUUCAAGGGUUCGAUUAUGAGAUCCUCUAUGAUGAUGAAUUGUUGUACGAGACUAUUCAAGGAUUUAAAGUUCGACGAAUUAAUCACUAAAGUGGCAUUUUAUUCGCCAAAUGCUUACAUUACUCGAGAAUUCAUCAACGAGCUUCUGAAACCUGACAAAUUUGAUGUGGAAAUAUGGCGAAAAUUGAAUGCUUUCGUUGACGCUACUUUUUCAACCAAUUUAUUAACCGCAUGCGAAUUAAGGAGACAGCUAAUUCUGUCGAAAAAGCCGUAGGUGUUUAUUUUGGUUUAAUGUGUUCGAUAUUUAGGUAAACGUUUAAUUCUGUCAUUAAAUAUGUCUGUUGGUCAAGAUUUGUGAUUCUAAAAUAAUUAUUGAUGUACCUAAUUCAAACUAUUUUUUCUCGUUUGAAAUUAUUUUCAACGGAGAAUAAGCACUUAAGUUUUAAUUCAUUUCCAUUUUUGUUCUACAUUUCUUAUGUUUAAAAAAAAAACGAUUCCUAUGUGAAAUCAAAUGAUUAAAUUAUGUAUUUUGUAAGCUCCUUUUACACGCUGUUCUUAUACUGAAUUAUAUGCGUAAAUAUU